CUUCGUUUUAUUUCCAGGUCAUCUUUUGUCAUGCUGAGCGACUGCUACAAACUUUGCUCUACGGGGCUUUCCCAGGAAUGACGGCUGCGCCACAACUCGCGCGCGCCAUAAUCAAGCUCGCGAAGUACGAAGUACGUAACCACCAGUGACGUCGUGGCGUCAUUCGACCAGCUUCCCGUCAUCUUAAUCCCAACAAUUUCAACGCAUCGUCGAGCGGCACCCGGUACCUACUUGUAUUCAUUUGCGCGAAGCCACUACGGCAGCUGAUCUCGAGCGACAGAGCGAGUGUCUUCCUGACGCCACAAGAACUCAGGCUCUCCGCGCGGCACCGAUCCACCGUAGAGCAAGGCAUCAAUUCCGACUUGGACGUGGGACGACUCGACAACCGCCAAGAUGGCGUCUUCCUCGACGCCUGCAACCCCUCUCCUAUACUCCUGCAUCGCGCACAAGACGACGAUCCUCGCAGAAUGCACAACCUCGGCCUCGUCGCAGACCUCGUCCCUCGCCUCUCUCAUCCUCCCUAAGAUCGAACACAAUACGCCUCAGAAACUGACUUACACGCACGGGCAACAUCAAAUUCACUACAUUUCCGAGGCGCCAUCGGAGCACCCCGAUCACCCAGCGGCUGGGGGCCUGACGUUUCUGGUCGUUGCCGAUGCCUCCCUGGGCCGUCGCGUGCCAUUCGGCUUUCUCUUCGAAAUACGCAAUCGCUUCUUCUCACAGUUCCCCGAGGAUAGUACCGACUUUUCUGACCUGCCAAACUACGGCGCAGGGGCGUUCAAUGGCGAGCUCAAGAGUUUGAUGGUCGACUAUGGUACGACGAGCGGCGGACGCGAGGACGCGAUCGGCAACGCAAAGCGCGAGAUUGAUGAUGUUAGGGGCAUCAUGACGAAGAACAUCGAAAGCCUGCUUGAGCGUGGGGAGAGGCUCGACCUGCUGGUGGACAAGACGGACCGGCUGGGAGGCAGCGCGCGGGAGUUCCGAGUGCGGAGCAGGGGCUUGAAGCGCCAGAUGUGGUGGAAGAAUGUCAAGUUGAUGGCGCUUCUGGCCCUGGUAUUGUUCCUGAUUGUGAUGGCCAUUGUCAUCACGGUCAAGAAUUGAGCUGAGCGGGGGACGUGAUCAGUGGGGUUGACGGAGAGACGGCAGGCCGCCUGACAGAUACCAACUACCUAUUUGACCUUGCCUAUUGCUACCCUUAGAAUGUAUUAUAGCGGCACUUCAACGCGAUACGGCAUACCUUCAGGGCGGCGGAGCCUUUGCGUGACUAGUGGUUAAAUGGACCAUUCUGGUAAAAUGAGGCAUGCUAUUUUAGACUGUCGCGGCGACAUGCAGACGAACAGCUUCAGGAGUUUAUAUGUGCUUACUCAAGCUGCGCCGUUUAUUUCCCACGAUACAAGACCACUCUGCC